AUGGGGCAGGUCCUGGGCUUCGCCCACUGCAAAGAGUCUCCAUCCACGGCCUCCACCACGCCGGACUCCACGGAGGGCGGCAACGAGGAGUCGGACUUCCCCGAGCUGCCGCCGACGCCGGAGCCCCCCGAGGAGGAGGAGGAGGAGGCGGAUGAAGGCGCGGGGGGCCGGGGGGGCCCGCGGGAGCUCACUUUCUCCUACAUCGCCUUCGCCGGGGGGGGGGCGCCCCCCGGAGAACCGGCCGCCCGAGCCCGCCGCGACCCCCGCCGCGGGCGGCCCCCCCGCCUGAGCCCCGGGCCCGGCGGCGAGCGGGGGGCGCCCGCCCGGGGGCCGGACCCCCCCCGCGCCCCCCUCGUGCCCCUCGCCGACGGCCCCGACCCCCUCGAGGGGCUGCCGGGGCCGGGGGGGCUCCAGCCAGCACCCGCCGCCGCCGGGGAGCAGCCGCCCAGCCCAGUGUGGGAGCUGCUGUACUGGCGGGCGCCGGGGCGGUCGGCGCUGGCGCUGGCGGGCGCCCUGGGCGCGCUGCUCUGCCUGGCCCGCUUCAGCGCCGUCAGCGUGGGCGCCUACGGGGCGCUGGCCGUGCUGGCCGUCACCCUGCCGUUGCGGCUGCACCGGGCCGCCCUGGGGGUCCUGCGCCCCGGCCCCGCCGAGCACCCGUUCCGGGCGCAGCUGGAUGCGGCCGUGGGGCUGAGCCCCGAGCAGCAGCAGCGCUGCGCCCGGCGCCUGGGCCGCCACCUCGCCGCCGCCGCCCGCACCCUCGCCCGCCUCUUCCUCGUGCACAGCCUCCCCGAGUCCCUCAAGUUCGCCUUCCUGUUCUACCUGCUCACCUACGUGGGCGCCGUCUUCAACGGGCUGACGCUGCUCGGCAUCGGCGUGAUCGGCGCGUUCACCUUCCCCGUGCUCUACCGGCACCACCAGGCACAGAUCGACCAGUACGUGGGGCUGGUGAGGAACCACCUGAGCCACCUCCGAGCCAGGAUUCAAGCCAAGCUCCCAAGUGCCAAAGCGAAGCCGCAGUGACCCCGACGCCCCCCCCGCCCCUCGGGGUGCCCCUGCUGGGGUGGGGGUGGGGGGCCAGCGGGUGCCCCCCACCCUCACCCCGGGCAUGUCUGCCCCCCUCCCCCACCCGUGCACGGGGCAUUUACACUUUAAUAAAAACUCUUGUGACA